CUGAUGGCGUCACUCACGUGGAGUUGAAUUACACAUCUUUUGUAACAUUCGUGAAACUGAUGUUACAAAACCCAAGACGGAGCUCACGUAAUCAUAAAAUUCGUGACCAUGAGCCAUAACUGCAUUCACUGGUUCCGCAAGGGCUUGCGUUUGCAUGACAACCCUGCUCUUAUCGCUGCCUUGAAGGACUGUAGACACAUCUACCCACUGUUCCUGCUGGACCCCUGGUACCCCAACAACACCCGAAUCGGCAUUAACCGAUGGAGAUUUCUGAUCGAAGCGCUCAAAGACCUCGAUUCCAGUCUGAGGAAACUCAACUCCAGGCUCUUUGUUCUCAGAGGGACACCCACAGACAUCCUCCCAAAGUUCUUUGAGAAAUGGAAGAUCACGCGCUUGACUUUUGAAGUUGAUACAGAACCGUACAGUCAGAGCAGAGACAACGAGGUCAUGAAGUUAGCCGAGGAACACCGUGUGGAAGUUAUUUCAAAGAUAUCCCACACCCUCUACAACAUUGACAGGAUUAUCGACGAGAACAACGGAAAGCCUCCAUUGACUUACGUUCGGUUCCAGACUGUGGUCAGAAACCUCGGGUCACCCAAAAAACCUGUUCCUGCUCCAACCGAAGAGGACGUGAAGGAUGUGUUCACGCCAUUUUCUAAGAACCAUGAGGAGGAGUUUGGGAUUCCAACUCUUGAAGAUCUUGGGUUGGACACAUCAUGUUUAGGACCAGAUCUGUUUCCAGGGGGUGAGACAGAAGCUCUGCGCAGGCUGGAUGAGCACAUGCAGAGAACGGGUUGGGUUUGCAGCUUUGAAAAACCACAGACGUCCCCCAACGCUUUAAUCCCCAGCACUACCGUCCUGAGUCCCUACGUCCGAUUUGGCUGUUUAUCUGCACGCACCUUCUGGUGGAGGCUCACGGAUGUGUACAGAGGGAAAAAGCACUCUGAUCCUCUGGUGUCUCUGCACGGACAAAUGCUCUGGAGAGAGUUCUUCUACACCGCAGCUGUCGGGAUCCCAAACUUCAACAAGAUGGAAGGCAACUCUCACUGCGUCCAGGUGGACUGGGACGAUAAUCCUGAGCACCUGGCGGCAUGGAGGGAGGCCCGCACAGGGUUCCCUUUCAUUGACGCCAUCAUGACACAGCUGCGACAGGAGGGAUGGAUCCAUCACCUGGCGCGGCAUGCGGUUGCAUGUUUCCUGACUCGAGGAGACUUGUGGAUAAAUUGGGAGGAGGGCCAGAAGGUGUUUGAAGAGUUACUGCUGGAUGCUGAUUGGUCGUUAAAUGCCGGAAACUGGCAGUGGCUCUCAGCCAGCGCGUUUUUUCAUCAGUACUUCAGGGUUUACUCUCCUAUCACCUUUGGAAAGAAAACGGAUAAAUAUGGAGAUUACAUCAAGAAAUAUCUUCCAGUGCUGAAGAAAUUUCCAGCCGAGUACAUAUAUGAACCCUGGAAGGCUCCUCGGAGCGUUCAGGAAAGAGCAGGGUGCAUUGUGGGAAAAGAUUAUCCUCGUCCUAUCGUGGAGCAUGAAGUCGUACAUAAAAAGAAUAUUCAGAGAAUGAAGGCAGCAUAUGCGAAGCGCUCUCCAGAAGAUCAGGAUGACAAAACAAAGACAAAAGGUAAAGCGAAUGAACGUAUUAAGGACAUGUUUGAAAAGAAGGCAAAAAGAUAAAAUCACCAGACUGAACAGAUUUCAUUAUUUGUGGGUCAAAUAUUGUCCUUUGUACUCUUC